GUGAUGCCACCACUCUGUGCAGUUCUUGUGCUUUUCAGCAAAGUCUAUGGUCUGCUUGGGAAUAUAAUUCAGCCUGACACGCUGGUGCGAGCUCAGAUCGGAGACACUGUGACUCUCCCAUGCUCCUACUCUGUAAACUUUUAUGAUAUCAGUUGGUAUAAGCAGCCUCUUGGACAGAAGAUUCAGCACAUUGCAGUGCAAGUUCUAAAUGAAAAUGGUACUCAAUUGUUCAAUGAGUUUAAAAACAGUAAACGCUUCAGUGCUAAAGCAGAGAAGGGGAGCUUUAACCUGACUGUGUCACGAGUAGAGCCAUCAGAUUCAGCCACAUACCACUGCGCUAUGAUGCCCUACAGUGAGACCAUCUUUGGAGAUGGAACAACUUUAAUGGUGAUGGGUUCAGAGUCACACAACAGGACAGUAGUACUACAGCAGCCCGAGUCUGAGUCAGUGCAGUCAGGACACUCUGUGACUCUGCAGUGUACAGUACACACUGAGACCUGUGCAGGAGAACACAGUGUGUACUGGUUCAGACAGGGCUCAGGAGAAUCCCCUCCAGGAAUCAUUUACACCCAUGGAAACAGGAUUGAUGAGUGCCAGAGGAGCACUGGGGCUGUGUCUCCCACACAGAGCUGUGUCUACAACUUCCCCAAGAGGAACCUCAGCCUCUCUGAUGCUGGGACUUACUACUGUGCUGUGGCCACCUGUGGGGAGAUCCUGUUUGGGAACGGGACCAAGCUGAAUGUUGAGGGAGCUGCAUCAAACAACCAAGAGAGCGUUGAAGACAUGGCGAGCAAACAGAGUCAAGAGGCAGCAAUGAAUUACGCUGCUUUGACGUUCACCACCAAGAAACCCAAUGUGAGGAGGAACAAGAGGGAAGUGGAGAAAGAAACGGUUUACUCAGAUAUGAGAUUUAGAGACUGCGAGUGAAGCUUUCCAUAAAAAUGUAUUUUUGUCAUAAGAAUAAUCAAACUGUUCCCUCACUAGAGUUGGUGAACAUUAUGCCAUGUGUGUGUAAAUGAUCUCACAUUUAUUGGAUUUUCCAAGAGCUGUGCUUGUUCUUAUAUUUUUGCUGUUUUUCAAAUACACAAAGUAAAACUUGUACAGUAUACUCCCUGACAGUGUCUGAUAAAUGGUCCUCAAUGUGUUGAGUCGGUUUGGGGCAGUAGUGUAGUACAUUGGUUAGGGAACAGGACGUGUUACCUGGUUCUCAGGUGAAGCACUGUCCUCAUACCUGUUCCACUGAGCAAGGUUGUUAACCCCAGUGACUUCAGUAUAUAUUAAACUGUACAAAACUCAA